AAAAGAAAGAAAAGAAAGAAAGAGAAAGAAAGAAAGGAAGGAAGGAAGGAAGGAAGGAUGCAAAGGAGCCUGUGUUUUCCAGGCUUUGGGGCUGGGACUGCAGUGUUCUGAGCUCACUGAAAGCAGUCAAAGGAGGAGGCGGGACUCGGGCGAGUUCCCCUUCUACCUUCCCCCACCCUUCUCUUCCCACCUUUCUUCCACCUCUACCUCGAUUCCAGCCUUUGCGGCAGCUGCUCUCUAGCCGUUUGCACGACCCAAAGAACAGCGGCAUUUGUUCCCAGGAUGGUGAUCCGUGUGUAUAUUGCAUCUUCCUCUGGUUCUACGGCGAUUAAGAAGAAACAGCAAGACGUGCUUGGUUUUUUAGAAGCUAACAAAAUAGGAUUUGAAGAAAAAGACAUUGCAGCCAAUGAAGAGAAUCGGAAGUGGAUGAGAGAAAAUGUACCUGAAAACAAUCGACCAGCCACAGGAUACCCUCUGCCACCUCAGAUUUUCAAUGAAAGCCAGUACCGUGGAGACUAUGAUGCCUUCUUUGAAGCCAGAGAAAAUAAUGCAGUGUAUGCCUUUUUAGGAUUGACAGCCCCACCUGGUUCAAAGGAAGCAGAAGCUCAGGCAAAGCAGCAAGCAUGAACCUUAAACAUUCUGCCUUAAGCAUCCUGAAAAAGGAGUCUCUAUUGCUUUUAAAAUCAUCUUGGCUUCAAGAGAAAUCAGCUUAAUGUUGAGAUAAUAGAUUAGUUGGUUUU